AACAGUUUAAGAACCAAACGGAAGCAAACGGAACUAAACGGUGAGAGACUACCUGAAUCUGUCCAAUAGAAAUUAUCUUUUGGGGUUUCCGUUUGGAGUGUACGGUUACGUUUUGUAACAGAAUCGGUGUAAUGAUUACACCCCUGUUUCGCAUAGUGGGGUAAACAUGUCGGUGACGGGUUGCGGAACGAGAGGGUUUUACUUCAAUACGGUUCUGUCUCUAGCCCGGUCUCUGGCUACACACAGACCUGCACCAGUUGAAAAGAUCCAGAAGCUGCAAUGCAUGUGCCCUGUGGAGGUGAGGGGUGCCUUCACCCUUGACUUGCGUCGCAGAGAUGCUGUCAUAGCUCUCGCUGUCUUCCUCGUGGAGUCUGACUUACAGCACAAGGAAACAGUUGUUCCUUACUUGUUGACCCUACUGAGGGGAUUGCCAAGGGUCCAAUGGAUCGAGGAGAGCUCGGGAAAGAAAGGAGGGGAGGCCCUCCCCAUUGCGGAGAACUUUAGCUUCUGUCUGGUGACCCUGCUGGCUGAUGUGGCCCAGAGAGACCCAGACUCCAGAACCCAGAUUCUGGAGGCUGUUAUGGAGGUAAUGCAUGGGUUUCUGGAGAUGUGCCAGACUCCAGAGAACCACGACAAAGUCUACCUGUGCAGGUACAUCUUUCCCUGCCUGCUGGGUGUGAUCCGGGCAUUUGGUCGCUACAGCAACACGGAGGAGGCCCUGCUGUCCAAACUUUUCCCUCGAGGGGUGCCACAGACACCUCGCGUCAGCGAGGAACCGGAAGGAAUACGGCGGAGGUCCUUCAACGACUUCCGCUCCAUCAUGCCCAACUCCCUGCUCACCGUGUGUCAGGGGGAUACGAUCCACAGGCGCACAUGCACCGCCACGGACACCUCACAGGUCAGUCCGGACCCAGCAGGCCAGUCCCCCUGCUCCCCUACAGGUCCUGGCCUACACUACUUUGAAGGUUCCUAUCUUCCUGACGGUAGCGCAGUGGACCCAGACUACUACUUCAUGACUGUUAGCUCCAGCUUUUCCGUGUCUCCUCUCUUCAUCAGGGAGGGCGAGGGGGAGAUGGAGGUGCCUGUGGAUCUGCUCAGACAGCUCCUCAGCAUGGUGAAGAGCUUUUUGUCUGACUCCUUCCUGAAAACACUGGACGCCACAAUGGUGGAAGUCACUGAGGCUAAUCCUAGUAUGAAUUUAUACUACAAAACCUUCAGUGAUCCUCUCUACGUCUGCAUGUUCAAAAUGCUGAGGGACGCCCUGUAUUACAUUAAAGCCCUCCACCCGGGGUUCGUCAGGGAGGUGCACGACUUUGUGCUGGAGCAGUUCAGCAGCAGCCAGUCCGAGCUGCAGAGGGUGCUCCAUGAUGCAGGGGGGCUGCCGGGGGAGCCCAACCCUCUUAAACUCCGUUGCCAGGCCAACGCAGCCUGCGUGGACCUCAUGGUGUGGGCCGUGAAAGACGAGCAAGGAGCCGAGAAUCUGUGCAUCAAACUUUCCGAGAAGCUGCAGUCUAAGACCUCCAGUAAAGUCAUUAUCGCACACAUGCCCCUCCUCAUCUGCUGUCUACAGGGUCUAGGGCGGCUGUGUGAGAGGUUUCCAGUGGUAGCCCACUCAACCACCACAUCGCUCAGAGACUUCCUGGUUGUGCCCUCCCCGGUCCUCGUCAAGCUCUACAAAUACCACAGCCAGUACAAUGCAGCGGCGGCGGCAGAGAUCAGGAUCAACGUGACCAAUGAGCAUUCUCAGUCCACCUUCAACAUCCUGUCUCACAGGAAGGACCAGCCAUCCAUGUAUGAACAGCUCCGGGACAUCUCCAUCAACAACAUCUGCAGGUGUUUGAAGGCAGGGUUGACUAUGGACCCAGUCAUUGUAGAGGCUUUCCUGGCCAGCCUGUCCAACCGUCUCUACAUCUCCCAGGAGAAUGACAAAGAGGCCCACCUGAUCCCGGACCACACCAUCAGGGCACUGGGUCACAUCGCGGUGGCUCUGAGGGACACUCCCCGAGUCAUGGAGCCCAUCCUGCAGAUCCUGCAGCAGAAGUUCUGCCAGCCGCCCUCCCAGCUCGAUGUGCUCAUCAUAGACCAACUGGGCUGCAUGGUCAUCACAGGCAAUCAAUACAUCUACCAGGAAGUUUGGAACCUGUUCCAGCAGAUCAGUGUGAAAGCCAGCUCAGUGGUGUACUCCGCCACUAAGGACUACAGAGACCAUGGAUACAGACACUGCUCCCUGGCUGUGAUCAAUGCUCUGGCCAAUAUCGCGGUCAACCUCCAACAGGGGGAGCUACUUAUCGAUGAGCUAAUGGUCAAUCUGCUGGAGCUGUUUGUCCAGCUGGGACUGGAGGGCAAGAGAGCCAGCGAGAGGGCCUCAGACAAGGGCCCUGCGUUGAAGGCAUCCAGCAGUGCAGGCAACCUUGGGGUCCUUAUCCCAGUCAUCGCUGUGCUGACCAGACGGAUGCCGCCAAUCAUUGAGGCUAAGCCCCGCCUUCAAAAGCUUUUCAGGGACUUCUGGCUGUACUCUGUGGUCAUGGGCUUUGCCGUGGAGGGCUCGGGUCUAUGGCCAGAGGAGUGGUAUGAGGGAGUGUGUGAGAUCGCCACCAAGUCUCCUCUCCUGACUUUCCCUAGCGGUGAACCACUCCGCUCCGAACUACAGUACAACUCUGCCCUGAAGAAUGACACAGUCACACCGGCUGAGCUGAGUGAUCUGCGAUCCACCAUCAUCAACCUGUUGGACCCCUCCCCUGAAGGAUCUGCUCUCAUCAACAAACUAGACUUUGCCAUGUCGACGUACCUACUGUCUGUCUACAGGCUGGAGUACAUGAGGAUGUUGCGUUCUAACGACGCAGACAUAUUCCAGGUGAUGUUCCGGUACUUUGAGGACAAAGCCAUCCAGAAGGACAAAUCUGGUAUGAUGCAGUGUGUGAUCUGUGUUGGUGAUAAAAUCUUCAAUGUCUUCCUACAAAUGAUGGCUGAGAAGCCCAAGACCAAAGAACACGAGGAGGAGUUGGAACGUCACGCCCAGUUCUUAUUGGUCAACUUUAACCACACCCACAAGAGGAUCCGCCGAGUGGCCGAUAAAUACCUCUCUGGAUUGGCUGAAACAUUCCCCCACCUGCUGUGGAGUGGGCGCGUGUUGAAGACCAUGUUGGACAUCCUACAGACUCUCUCUCUGUCUCUCAGUGCUGACAUCCAUAAGGACCAGCCGUACUAUGACAUCCCAGACACCCCUCACAGGAUCACUGUCCCAGACACCUACGAGGCCAGAGAGAGCAUAGUGAAAGACUUUGCAGCUCGCUGUGGGGAGAUCCUCAAGGAGGCCAUGAAGUGGGCUUCUUCUGUCACCAAGUCCCACCUACAGGAGUACCUGAACAAGCACCAAAACUGGAUAUCAGGUCUGUCCCAGCACACUGGCCUGGCUAUGGCUACUGAGAGCAUACUGGACUUUGCUGGCUACAACAGAGAGAGCACAUCACUGGGGACGAUCCAGCUGACUGAGAGACCAGCGUGUGUGAAGAAGGACUACUCCAAUUUCAUGUCCUCCCUCAACCUGAGGAAUCGCUACACUGGAGAGGUGGCAGGUAUGAUCCAGUUCGCCGAGGCGACCCACAGCCAGUCAGACCUGAGCAAACUGAUGGUGAAACAGAUGACAGACGCCCUUUCCUCCAAAGUCCCAGAAUCCUUCUCUCAGGCCAUGUUCAAAAUGUCUGCCUUGCUCAUCAGUCACAAAGACUAUGACCCCCAGCUCCUGCACCACCUGUGCUGGUCUCCCCUGAAGAUGUUCACAGAGCAUGGGAUGGAGACUGCCAUCGCCUGCUGGGAGUGGUUCCUCGCCGCACGCAACGGACUGGAAGUCCCGUUUAUGCGCGAGAUGGCCGGGGCGUGGCAGAUGACAGUGGAGCUGAAGAUGGGCUUGUUCGGAGAGGCCCAGGUGGAGGCUGACCCGCUGGCUGCCUCAGAGGAGAGCCAGCCCAUCCCCUGUCCCCCCAUCGUCACCCCACACAUUCUAUGGAUAGAGUUCCUGGUGCAGAGGUUUGAGAUCGCCAAGUACUGCAGUGCCGACCAGGUGGAGAUCUUCACCACUGUCCUGCAGAGGUCGCUAUCGCUCAGUGUCGGAGGGGCCAAGAACAGUCUCAACCGCCACGUAGCGGCCAUAGGACCCCGAUACAGGUUGUUGACUCUAGGUCUAAGUAUCCUACAUGCGGACGUGGUCACUAAUGCCACCAUUAGAAAUGUCCUCCGAGAGAAGAUCUACUCCACCGCAUUCGACUACUUCAGCGUUGCUCCUAAGUUCCCCACCCAGACAGAGAAGAGACUGAGGGAGGACAUCAGUAUCAUGAUCAAGUUCUAUGCCAGUCUGCUGUCGGACAAAAAGUAUAUUGCUGCCACCCAGCUGGUGCCCCCAGACCCCCAGGACAUGUCAGUGAACAGUCUCUCUGUUGCCAUGGUGACAGACAGCCGGAGCAGUCUAGAUGCCGCAGUAGGCCAGAGACAGCAGGCGGCUCAGGGCUGGAUCAACACAUACCCACUGUCUUCUGGCAUGUCCACCAUAUCCAAGAAAUCAGGACUGUCUAAGAAGAGCAAUAGAGGGUCACAGCUGCACAAGUACUACAUGAAGAGGAGGACCCUGCUACUGGCCCUGCUGGCCAGUGAGAUCGAACGGUUGACUACAUGGUACAACCCUCUGUCCACGCCGGAGUUGGCCAUCGCUACAGAACAGUCCGUGGAGACCAGCAUCGCCAACUGGAGGUCCAAGUACAUCAGCCUGAGUCAGAAACAAUGGAAAGACCAUGUCAACCUGGCCUGGAGUAUAGCUCCUUAUCUGGCCCUGCAGCUGCCUGCAAGGUUUAAGAACACUGAGGCCAUUGUGGCGGAGGUGACUCGUCUGGUGCGUUUGGACCCAGCGGCUGUGUGUGACGUACCUGAGGCCGUCAAGUUCCUGGUGACGUGGCACACCAUCGAUGCAGACUCUCCAGAGCUGAGCCAUAUCCUGUGUUGGGCUCCCGUCGACCCCCCAACUGGCCUCUCCUACUUCUCCUCCAUGUACCCCCCGCACCCCCUCACGGCUCAGUAUGGGGUGAAAGUACUGCGCUCCUUUCCCCCGGAUGCCAUCUUGUUCUACAUUCCUCAAAUAGUUCAAGCCCUCCGCUAUGACAAGAUGGGCUAUGUGAGAGAGUACAUCCUGUGGGCGGCUCAGAAGUCUCAGCUGCUGUGUCACCAGUUCAUUUGGAACAUGAAGACAAACAUCUACCUAGACGAGGAGGGACACCAGAAAGACCCUGACAUAGGGGAAUUACUCGAACAGAUGGUCGAGGAGAUCACUGGUGCUCUAUCCGGUCCGGCUAAAGACUUUUACCAGAGAGAGUUUGACUUCUUCAACAAGAUCACCAACGUGUCUGCCAUCAUCAAGCCCAUCCCUAAGGGAGACGAGAGGAAGAGAGCCUGUCUGAGGGCUCUGUCGGACAUCCAGGUCCAGCCAGGCUGUUACCUGCCCAGUAACCCAGAGGCCAUAGUACUGGACAUAGACUACAAGUCUGGGACUCCCAUGCAGAGUGCUGCCAAAGCUCCUUACCUGGCCAAGUUCAAAGUCAAGAGGUGUGGAGUCAGUGAGCUGGAGAAAGAAGGUCUGCAGUGUAGGUCAGACUCUCUGGACGAGGCUGACAGUGAGGAGGAGGUCCAGAGGAUCUGCUGGCAGGCAGCCAUCUUUAAAGUGGGCGACGACUGCAGACAGGACAUGCUGGCUCUGCAGAUCAUCGGUCUGUUCAAGAACAUCUUUCAGCUGGUGGGACUGGACCUGUUUGUUUUCCCCUACAGAGUGGUGGCUACCGCCCCCGGGUGCGGUGUGAUUGAGUGUAUUCCAGACUGUAAGUCCCGCGACCAGCUGGGAAGACAGACAGACUUUGGGAUGUACGACUACUUCAGGAACCAGUACGGAGACGAGUCCACUCUGGCAUUCCAGAAGGCGCGGUACAACUUCAUCCGCAGUAUGGCAGCCUACAGCCUGUUGCUCUUCCUACUCCAGCUCAAAGACCGACACAACGGCAACAUCAUGCUGGACAGCCAUGGACACCUCAUCCACAUUGACUUUGGCUUCAUGUUUGAGAGUUCUCCGGGCGGUAACCUGGGCUGGGAGCCGGACAUCAAGCUGACCGAUGAGAUGGUGAUGAUCAUGGGAGGCAAGAUGGAGGCCACGCCCUUCAAGUGGUUCAUGGAGAUGUGUGUGAGGGGAUACCUUGCUGUCAGGCCCUACAUGGAUGCUGUGGUUUCCUUGGUAACACUGAUGCUGGACACUGGCCUGCCCUGCUUCAGAGGACAGACUAUCAAACUGCUCAAGCAGCGGUUCAAUCCGUGUGUGAGUGAGAAAGAGGCUGCUGCAUUUAUCAUCAAAAUCAUCCAGAGCUGCUUCCUCAGCAGCAGGAGCAAAACCUACGAUAUGCUCCAGUACUACCAAAAUCAGAUCCCAUACUAAGCUUGUGUGCCUAAGUGUGUGAGUGUGUAGUAAGUGCAUUGUUGGGUGUGUUGUAUUUUAGUGUCAGUCGGUAGAUGUUGGUGACAGUGUAUGUUUUUUGUUGUUGUUGGUUGCUAGAUGUUGCCGAUUGUGGGUGUGUCUUGCUUCUCAUUCACCCCAAUCCUCCACCCCUUCUCUUUUCUCCUACCUUCAUUUUCAUCCCCCUGUUUUCCUGUGUUGCUGAAAUCUUGAUUUCUUUGCACAUGUAGAGAAAACUGUUUACUGUAAUGACCUGCACAUUUAGAGAAUGAACAUUUAAAAAAGUUUUUGUCAAUUUUUUAAGAUUUAUAAUAUUUCUUUAUUUGCUUCAUUCUGAAACUCUUGAUGUCUCUCUGGGUUUGACAAUAUGUAUGUUUAAAGAUAAUUGGUGCUUCUUGUUUAAUGGACCAAUCAGAGUUCUGGAAUCUGUGGACAUGCUACUAUUGGACUGCUUGUAUGAUGAAACACUAAGGGGUAACCUUAUGGAGGGG